UGAGAAAAAAAUUCAUAAAUGGUUGACUUACAAUUCCCUUACCUUGAUUAAUAUUUUCAUGGCUUUGUGAGAAAGCUUUCUGCCUCACAGGUAUUUCUUAGAAGUAACUAUCCUUUACUUAUUCCUCUCGAGACAAGUUUAUAUCAAAGACCAAUCAAUUUUACAUUUGGUUCUUUUUUUUUUUUUUGGAAGUUUCUGUGUUGUGGUGGCUUCUGUUUUGGGCAAUUGGGAAAGUGAAAUUUAGUAUCCCUCAUUUGAAUACAAUUAUUUUUCUACUUGUGUAGACUGUGGAGAGUAGAUUUUGAUUUAUGGCAUAUCAGGUUAUUACUACCAUACCAUCAACUUGGCAGAUGUUGAUAAUUUUGGGAUAAUGGUUUAAUUUUUAAAAUGAUAUAUGUGAGCUAUACAAUGGUAAAUGUAGUUUGAUUUUCAAAAUAUGUGUAUGUGUUACUGCUGAUGAGGCUACUAUUGCUGAAAUAUCUUAUCCAAAUGUUUCUUGUGUGUAGUUAAUUUAGUAAUACUUUGAAUUGAGAUGUCAUGUUUUAUUAUGUAUAGUGGUGGAGGAGAUUAAAGAAUGUUUCAUUGUAGAAAUACCCAACUAGCUUUAGAAGAUUUUUUAGUCUUUUAACAAGCACCAUUCUAAAGAGUAGUUGGACAUGAGCUUGUGCUUAGAUGAGUUUUUGUUGACCCUCUAGUGUCAUCUGUGGUCUUUAAGCAUUCCUCUAUGAAUUGUAUAUUUGAUCAAUUUCCCAGUUUAAAACUCAGUUCCCUUUUUCACUUUGAUUAGUUUGACUCUUUUAUUUUUAUUUUUAUGGAUGACUUUGAAUAUCUUCUAAGUAACUAGUAAGUAUAUUUUGAAUAUCUUCGAAUGAGUAAAGGAGUAUGGUUUGUGAGAAACUAGAUGUGCUUAGAUAAUACUAUUCCCACCAUGUGUUGGAGUGCUGGAGUGAUUCUUUACAUUCUGUUAAGUGGAGUGCCUCCAUUUUGGGCUGAGAGUGAGCAAGGGAUAUUUGAAGAAGUAUUACAUGGUGACCUAGACUUUUCAACAGACCCAUGGCCUAGUAUCUCUGAAGGUGCCAAAGAUUUAGUAAGGAAAAUGCUUAUUCGAGAUCCCAAAAGGCGGAUAUCUGCACAUGAUGUUUUGUGCCAUCCCUGGGUUCAAGUUGGUGGUGUGGCUCUUGACAAGCCUCUCGAUUCUGCAAUAUUAAGUCGAUUGAAGCAAUUCUCUGAAAUGAACAAGCUCAAGAAAAUGGCUAUUAGAGUAAUUGCAGAGAGCUUAUCUGAAGAAGAAAUUGCUGGCCUAAAAGAAAUGUUCAAAAUGAUAGACACUGACAAUAGUGGUCAAAUCACUUUGGAAGAACUUAGGGCUAGUUUGAAAAGAUUUGGAGAUAAUCUUAAGGAAUCUGAAAUUUAUGAUUUAAUGCAAGCAACAGAUGUAGAUAACAGUGGAACAAUUGAUUAUGGAGAGUUUGUAGCAGCCACUUUGCAUUUAAACAAAAUUGAGAGAGAAGAUCAUUUGUUCGCGGCAUUUUCCUACUUCGAUAAAGAUGGAAGUGGCUACAUUACUCAAGAUGAGCUUCAACAUGCUUGUGAGGAGUUUGGUGUAGAGGACGUCUGGCAAGAAGAAAUGAUGCAAGAAGUUGAUCAGGAUAAUGAUGGGCGCAUAGAUUAUAACGAGUUCGUGGCGAUGAUGCAGAAAUGAACUAUUGGUGUUGAAAGUAGUAACUUUUCACUAUGUU